UUGAUUAUGUGAUGGCUUCCUACAAGACCUUAGUUGUGUUGUUUGGUGUUUUUGUGAGUUUAUGUUGUUUGAAUAUUGAGGCGAAUGAAGCAGCCCGCCGUCUCCAACAAACACCUUACUCAUCCGACCAACAUGUCAAUUCACAAUUGCUUACUCUCCCGUUACCAAUACCACCUAUCCGUCUCCCUCCAAUACCAAUACCACCUAUCCGUCUCCCUCCUCUUGUACCAAUACCACCUAUCCGGCUCCCUCCUCUACCUAUUCUUCCACCUUUAAUACUACCACCAAUAUUUCCUCUAAGACCACCUCCUCCUCCUCCUCCUCCUCCUCCAACUACAAUUCCACCCCCACCACCUCCUCCACCUCGUCCCAACAUUCCACCAACUUCACCGCCUCGUCCGAGUAUUCCACCUAUGGCUUCACCGCCUCGUCCGAGUAUUCCACCUAUGGCUUCACCACCUCGUCCCAACAUUCCACCAAUUGCUUCACCUCCCCAACCAACCAUUCCACCAAUUGCUUUGCCCCCACGCCCCAUGAUUCCACCAAUGGCUUCACCCCCUCGUCCAAUCAAUCCACCCGCAGUAUCACCCCCUCGUCCAAGCACUCCACCUAUUGCUUCGCCCCCUCGUCCCAUCAUUUCGCCAACUUUGCCACCUCGCCCUAACAUUCCACCAAUGGCCUCACCACCUCGUCCAAUUGUUCCACCGAUAGCAUCACCUCCUCGUCCAAGCAUUCCACCAAUGGCUUCCCCCCCUCGUCCCAUCAUUUCGCCAACUUUGCCACCUCGCCCUAACAUUCCACCCAUGGCCUCACCACCUCGUCUAAUCGUUCCACCGAUAGCAUCACCUCCUCGUCCAAGCAUUCCACCAAUGGCUUCGCCCCCUCGUCCCAUCAUUUCACCAACUUUGCCACCUCGCCCUAACAUUCCACCUAUGGCUUCACCACCUCAUCCAAUCAUUCCACCGAUAGCAUCGCCACCUCGUCCAAUCAUUCCACCAAUAGCUUCACCACCUCGCCCUAGCAUUCCACCAAUGACUUCACACCCUUAUCAAUUUAUUCUAUCGACUGCUUAGCCCCCUCGUCCAACCAUUCCAUCAAUAGUUUUGCCACCUCGCCCCCAACAAUCUACCCAUUGCUUCACCAUUGUCAUCCUUGUAUUUCAGGGCUGCUCCUCUCAAAGUUCCACUUGUUGGUUCACCUCCUCUACCAUCAAAGUACUAGCGUUUGUCGAGUUCGCACUGAAAAACCACCAUCUUUAUCUCCACAUUGAAAUUUUAAUUGUUUGCACUUAUGUUUUCAAACCUUAUCAUAUGAACUACUACUAGAUAAGGUGAACUACUACAACAUCAAUGUAACUUCUUUAAGUUAUAUAUUAAUAAUAAACAUUAUGGUAA